AGUCUCGACGUCUACUCCGCGCGGUCCGCCUGCCGUUUGCCGCGACCAAAUAAUUUAACUAACCCCUUCAAAACUAACCCCUUGAAUCAUAGAAAGUGAAAAAAAAGGCGCGAGUAUUCGAACCUUUUUAUUUUUUUUUGCGGGAAACGGUGACACGCUGUUAAAGUUCUGAAUUCAAAAUUUUGUGUUUCGAUAGUGAUAAGGGUGACAAUAUUUCGGAGGAUUACAGGAUCUAACCAGGAUUCUUGUUGAGUGAGAAUUGGCUAAUCUACCCUACAACACGAAACCGUGACGAAUUGAACUACAAGCAAACAAAUCCGUAUAUUAUACGAGGCCAUAGACCGCAGACGAUCGAGACGGGACACUCCCGAACUGAGUAACGACAACGGUGACGUCACAACAUGGCGUCCACCGACACAUCGACCGCCAGCAGCCAAAUAUCCGUCGCUCCAGAGGAUCACAAGCGAACCGUCGACGAAGCCUUCCUCAACAGAUUGAAGAGUCUCGUCGAGAGGUUGAGGCUUGAGAAUGCGACCCUGAAGAAGUCGCUCGAUGUCGAGCGGAGCGAGAUCAGAGCGAUGAAGGCGCAGCAUGAAAGUGCCUUAAGAAAUAUCAAGACUGAACAAAAAAAGAGAGAAGAGAUCUUAGAAAAACAGUUGAGGACAGUGAACAAAUCAGAGAGACUAGUAGAAGAUAGUCAAUUAGGAAACAAUAGAGUGGUAGAACUAAAGAAACUGUCAACAGAAAUUCAGUCUUUGAAAUCGGCAAAUAAGGGUCUUCAAGAAAAAUUAAAGGUCGCUCAGGCGGCGGAAUGUGCGCGGGCUGCAGAACUGCGCGCGCAGGUUGCCAAGCACUCUGCGCUCGAGCAAGCGGCCAGGAGGGACGCGCGUGCACAGUGCCAUAAGCUGCUGGAGGAAAUAAAAUCGAAGGAGCGGGUGAUAAUACAGUUGAGGAGGGAGGUAGCGCGAACGUCGACUCUCCAAAAUGAUCAGACGCAAAGGAUGGAGGGAGGAGUCAAUGAAUCGAGCAGGAAACUGCGAGUCGAUCAGGGAAAAGAGAAAAACAACCGUGAAGAUUUGAAAACAGAUAUACAACAUAGAAAAGAAACAUUCUAUAGGGAGGCUCCAUCGGACGAAGACUCGGCAGUGUCGUCCGCGCCCCCCUCCCUCUCACCACAACCGCUCAACGAUAUGUGGUCAUGCGGGCAGUGCCGUACGGCUGCGGAGCGCGCGGCGGCUUCGGCGCGCGAGUGCACGCGACUCGCGGACGCGUUGCGGGACGCUCGCGAUCAGAUCGAGCUCAUGGAGUUCCGUUUGCUGGAGCUUGAGGACGCACAUCCUGAUAAGGGUGCCAGGGACAACCUAACUGAUUCUGACUCAGGUUGCGUUUCCCCCGGUUCUCGUAUCAAGGACUCAGCGUCUCCUGAGCUCAAGCGAAUGGACUCCGGAUAUAAAUCUCCACACGCUCCAAGCAGUCCCUGCAAUCCUCGGAGGCUUUUAGGGACUCCCCACGAUGACUUCAGGGAGGACUUCGCUAAGGCACAGGUCCUGGCCAACAUAUUGGAUAGAAACUCAGAAACCAGUGAUUCUUUGAAGAGUAAUCCAGUGAAGGAUCAUUUGGAACAGAUGAUUUUGAACGCCGCAUCCACAGAAGACAGAACUUGUCUUGAACAGGUUCUGAUGUUGCUGUAUAACCUACAAACGUUGAGCAGCUCUGUUAGCGAAGAUGAAUGUUAUCAGGUGAAACCAAGAAGACUAUGUGAUCUGAAAUUGAAAUCCGAACUCGACAUUCCAUCGCACAAAACACAAAAGGCAAUCGCAACAGUCACACCGUAUCAACAGAAAGGUUACAAAUGCGAGUCCUUAGAAAGUCUUUGUAGCGACGAACGGAAACCAAGUAACAUAUUACAAGAGAGCGGAAUCUUUGAAGGUGUCGAAACCGAGUCCAAAAGUACUCAGACCGACGUCAACGAUAGUUUCGAAUGUACAGGUGAAUUGAACACUGAAAUACAACGACUGAAUAGUAUAAGAGAGAAACUUGAGAGGCAAGGAGUUAGAAAUAGGACAUUAAAUACUAAGGAAGAUGGAGAUGGCCUAGAGUGUAGGUGCGUGAAGUUAGGAAAGAAACAUAAGCAGUAUUACGAGAGGAGGCUUAAGUUUUUGGAGGGAAAGAUUUCCAUAUAUGAGGCUGCUGAAGACGUCAAACAGGCUAAAUUGGCAGAGAGAUUGCAGAAAGAAUUUCAGCUUGAAAAUCGAAUACAGGACCUAGAAUCGCAGCUAUUAGAACUUCAAGAAAAAUAUGAGAGACUAGAAGAGGAUUGUUGUGAGUUAGAAGAAAUCGAGAACGAUACUCGAUUACAUUGGCAGCAACUUGAAAUGGACUUUGAGCUCUGCUCAGCUCAACUAAGAGAUAUGACGGAGCAAAGGGAAUGUUCGAGGGCACAAGCCGAAAGGCUCAUGGGUGAACUUAGUAAGAGAGAAUGUUCAUUAAAAGCUAGAGAAAAUGAACUCCUAACAAGAUUAGAUAAAUUGGAGAAGGCGGUGCCGGCAUUAAUAGCAUGGAAUGUUAUUCGAGCUAUUGGAGCGAAUGUGAGCCCAGCAGAACAGCGAACACUCAAGAGUCGUAUGAUACCGUACAGUGAUAAUACGAAGACAUUCAUCAAACAAGUACGUCAAGAAGCUAAUAAGCAAUCAUACGGGUGCUGCGCUCUAGUCGCAUAUAAUGACAUCAACACCGACAAUACACCUGUUGUGAAGCAGCUUGAGUACAAAAUUACCAAAUUGAUGGCAGAAAAGAAAGAAAUAGAAUGUAGUACAGAUAAGUUGAAAAGGAGGCUAGAGCAGAAGGUGAAAGAGCUAGAAGAAGAGUUAGAUACAAUAAAGCGACAAAUGACUGCCACCGAGUGUGGUGCUGCGGUCAAGAAGAAUAUACUGGAUAAUCAGAUCGACAAGAUUGAGCAUGAGAUUACAAAAGAAAAGGAAAAUGAAUCGCUACCAGUUGACCCAGUAAUGGGCUGCAGGCUAAAGGCUCUGUUGAUAAGCGAGCAGGAGUUGAAGAACAGAGUAGCUGAACUAGAGAGAAGAGAAACUGCUUACUUGGAGAUGUUGACGCAAGCUGAUGAUAUGUGGGCCGAGAUGGAAGGAGGGUAUAAGAAGAAGAUUGAGGAGUCGCAAACGGCAAAGACGCAACUUAAAACAAAGGUGAAGAAACUUGAAUCUGAAAGAGAUCAUUGGAAGAAGUGCUUCGAACCAAUGAAGAAGAAGUUGAAAGAAAUAGAGGAGUCUGAAUCAGGGUUGCGCAUAGCUUUAGAUAAAGCAGAGAGAGACACUAAUGCACUCAAAGUGCAGAAUAAUAACUUAGCUGCAAUGUUCAGCAAAGCUGACGCAGAAGCGAAAAAGUCUGAAGCGGCUUUGAAGGCUCUUGAUGCUAAGUUUAAGAAAGAAGUAGAACAACUGCGAAGGGUCAACAAACAGAUAGAUGCAGAUUUCUCCAGUCACAAGGAGACUGCCAAGAAAACAGAGUUAAGCUUCUUAAACGACCUGGACUGCAUGAAGAAAGAAUUGAAUAGGGCCUGCAAGAAUAAUCAAGAUUUGGAAGUCACUACUAGUGAAUUAAAGGAGGAGGUCGAAUCUCUGGAAAAGCAGCUAGCAUUAACACAAAAAGCUUUAACACAGUGCAAAAGAAAGUGCGACGAGAAGAUUAAGACUUUGAGUCACGAAUUGUCGAUCAAAACGGAGGAGUUGGAAGAAAUGAGGAGUGAAUCCAUGAGGCAGUCUUAUCACGCCUCCCGUAUAGAUACGCAGCCAGAAAGAACGGAAUAUAUAGACGAAGGUUAUUCUGUUUAUACGGCGGUGCCAAAGAAAACCGAUUACGGGAGGAUGCAUCAUAGCAUGAGUUUUAUCACGUCUGACACUCGAUGUUCUUGUCCGUCCAUGAGGAGUCAGCUAGUCAGCCAACUGAUCGAGGAUCUGUUCGAUAGAAUACACAAUACCGCAGACGAUGAUUUGACGAGACUCUGCAAAGAGAUCGCGCCUGUAGCUGGAAGAGAAAUCACCGUUGAAACCAAAGCGAAAAUCACAAAUUACCUCUUAAUGGCGAUAUCGAAGGAACUGGUCAGGUCCAUCGGAGACGCCGACGCUAAGACUGAUACUGAGGAAUGGCAGCGGGCCAUGUCGUCGAUGACGUACUCCAUGUGCGGGUACGGGGGCGCGGGCGGGGACGGCUACUCGUCGCUGCGGCUGGCGGGCAGCGCGGGCAACGCGGGCGUGGUGCGCGGCGCGGCGCGGCUCGCCAGCGUGAGCUGCGCGUGCGCCGCCGCCCGGCUGUGCGCCGCCGCGCCCGCUCUGGCGCACGCCGUCAAGCAGUGUCAGGAGGAAGUAUUGGAUCACGGGGAUGUUAAGAUUAUGGAGGAGCAGUUGGCGAAUGCCAUAGAAAGUAUUGUUAAUUGUCCAUCUUGUGCUUUGGGUACAAAUGCGAUAGUUUGGAGCACGGACGUCUAA